ACCAACUGGAAAACCCCUCCUAUCUGCUACUCAAUUCAAUUCUGAUGUGUCUAGGAAGGAAUUGUGCUCUAUGAUUAUGGUGCAUGAGUAUCCCCUGAACAUUGUUGAACAUGUGGGGUUUAAACGUUUCUGUUGUUCUUUGCAACCCCAGUUCACUGUCCCUUGUAGAAAUACAGUGAAGAGGGACAUAUUUGCUUUAUAUGGGGCUGAGAUGGCAAAGCUUCAGAAGGUUUUAGAUGGUAAUAUUGGUAGAGUUGCAGUCACAACUGAUAUGUGGACUGCAACUAACCAAAAGAUGGGGUAUAUGGCCGUUACUGGUCAUUUUAUUGACAAUUCUUGGAAACUUAAAAACAUGAUGUUGAGUUUCAUCUAUGUCCCUGCCCCUCAUACUAGUAAGAGGUUGGGAGAUAGGUUGUUCAAGUGUUUGCUUGGUUGGAAUCUUGAUAGAAAGUUGUCCUCGAUUACCUUGGAUAACUGUACCACCAAUGAUGCCAUGAUUACUCAUAUGAAAACUAAACUUGCUAGUGAUGAUCUGUUGUUGGAUGGUGUGCUGGUUCAAAUGAGAUGUUCUGCUCAUGUUUUGAAUCUCAUUGUGAAAGAAGGGUUGGAAGUCAUCAAAGAUGGCAUUGAAUUGGUUAGAGAUAGUGUUGUGUACUGGAAGUCCACUCCUAAGAGGGUACAAACCUUCUUUGAAACUGCUAAGCAGCUUAAAGUGCCUUGUGAGAAGCAACUUGUGCUUGAUUGUCCAACUAGGUGGAACUCCACCUAUGAUAUGCUAUCUACAGCCAUUGUGUAUAGAGAUGUUUUCUCUCGUUUGAGGCAGUGGGAUAGUCAAUACACCACUGUCCCUACUAGUAUGCACUGGGAGUUUGCUGCUAUGGUCAUUGAUAAGCUGGAAAUUUUCAGUGAGAUCACAAAGCUGUUUUCUGGCAGCAAGUAUCCCACUGCUAAUUUGUUUUUCCCCAAGGUUUGUGAUCUGAGACUGAAAUUGUUGGAAUGGUGUGCUGAUACCAAUUCUCUUAUCUCGGCUAUGGCUGAGAGUAUGUGGGAGAAAUUUUCUAAGUAUUGGGAUGAUAUACACUUGGUUCUCGCUGUGUCAGUGGUUCUUGAUCCUAGAUACAAGUUGCAUGUGAUUGAGUAUUAUGCUGCUAAGUUUGGCAGUACUAAUACUGACUUGGUGGCUGAUAAGAUUAAGCAAUGUAUUUGUGGUUUGGUGCUUGAUUACCAAACCAAGUCUGAGAGGAACAAUUCUGGUUCUUCAACUGCUUAUGAUAGUUCUUCUACUCCUGCAAAUGAUGAUCUUGAUUUUGAACUGUUUGUGAGUCGGAGGAAAAAAAGCAAAGCAACUCUGGUCCAUACUGAACUGGAUCACUAUCUUCUUGAGGAACUGAUUCCUAAAAGGUCUCCUGACUUUGAUAUACUGAUGUGGUGGAAACUGAAUGGCCUUAAGUACCCCACUUUGCAAGCAAUUGCAAGGGAUUUCUUGGCCAUACCAAUUACAUCAGUGGCUUCUGAAUCUGCUUUUAGCUCUGGUGGGAGGUUAAUAGACCCUCAUCGGAGUAGAUUGCACUAUGAUACAAUAGAGGCAAUGAUGUGUACCAGAAGUUGGAUUAUGGAGGAAAUGCAACAAGAAUCAUCGAAGGCUGCUGUAGAGGCAAUGGAAGGGGUGUUCUCUGCUCUAGCAAUUUCAGAUUCCAGUACUGAAGAUCAAGACGAAGCUGUUCAGGGGGGACUUGUGAUGAGGAAGCAUCUAAUAUCCCUAGACGACUGAUUUGUUCAAUGCAAUGAAAGGUUCAAGUGAUUGCUUUUCAUUUUUCAAGGAUGAAUGCUGCUGUUGAGUGUUGAGUUGGUUUCCAGCAGCAUGGUGUUGCUUACUUUUUGGAAGAAAAGAUCAAAGGAACUCGUGUGUGCUAUUAGUAUAGGUUUUAGUUCGAUUUCUUAGUGAUGUUAUUGAGGCUGUCUGCCUUUGUUUUUUAUCUCUUCCUUUUGAGUUUUGAACUUGAACACUAGUGUAGUGAUUAGUGAAGAACAUGUUAUAUGGGUUUUGGGUGGUGGGUUUUGGUUGCAGCAGCUUGUUUGGUUGCUGCAACCUAUCACUUUUGUUUCAUUGUUUGAACAUUGAAGAUCUGGGUGUUGGGUGGUGGGAGGGUUACAGCCCCAGAUCUUCUCUUUUGUGUGUUGAAUUUAUGUGCCUUGAACAUCAAGGUAAUGUGAAGUUUGAAUUUCAG